AUGUGGGAUGAAACUGUUGCCGGACCCAAGCCGGAGCAUGGCCUUGGCCGCCUCCGCAAUAAGAUCACCGCCCAACCCAUUGACAUCAAGGGUGCAGGAGAAGGUAGCAGCAGCAAAGCUGUGGUAACGAGUCCGGCGUCGGCAGGGAGUCCAAGAACUCCGACGACGCCGGGAUCGGCACGUAAAGAGAACGUGUGGAGGAGUGUGUUUCAUCCAGGAAGUAACAUAGCAACCAGAGGAAUGGGCACUAACCUCUUUGACAAGCCCUCUCACCCUAACUCUCCCACGGUCUACGACUGGCUAUACAGCGACGAUACAAGGAGCAAGCACCGUUGA